AUGGAAAAGGUUGUGAUUAUAGGAAGUGGGCCAGCAGCAUACAAUGCGGCACUGUACACGAUGAGCAGAAGUCCACUACUAUUUGAAGGGGGAUACAUAGGAAACAAUGGUCCUGGAGGGCAGCUUACAACAACAACAGCGGUGGACAACUAUCCUGGAUUUCCUGAUGGAAUAGAAGGGCCCGUGCUUACUAGCCUGAUGAAGGAUCAUGCAGUUUCACAGGGGCUUCGGGUGGCCAAAGAGACGAUCUCUGACAUAAGGAAGAGGGACGGGGUAUUUGUGGUUGUCAGUGAGAAGGGGGAAUACAGGGCCGAGGCUGUGAUUGUUGCGACGGGAGCCUCGGCAAGACGGCUCUUUGUUCCUGGAACUGGGGAUGAUGAGUUUUGGCAAAAAGGUGUAAGUUCUUGUGCUGUGUGCGACGGGUUUAUCUAUAUGAACAAGAUAACCUGCGUAAUUGGGGGAGGAGAUGCAGCUAUGGAAGAAGCACUCUAUCUGUCAGGGAUUGCUAAGAAAGUUUACAUCAUCCACAGGAGAAAUACAUUCCGCGCAAGAAAUGAUAUGGUUAAAAAGGCCAAGGCAGCAGAAAACAUUGAGAUAAUGACACCCUAUGUCCUUGAGCGUGCCUCGGGGACCAAGAAGGUUGAGGAGAUCAGCAUCCGUAAUGUUGAGACUGGGGAAGUAAAGAUCAUUCCGAUGAACGGGGUGUUCUUUGGAAUAGGGCAUGACCCAAACACUUCGUUCUUGAAGAAUAUAAAUGUGGACCUGGAUCCUAAUGGAUACGUGGUUGUUAAGGACGAGGCCUGCACGAGUAUUCCUGGGCUCUUUGCUGCCGGAGAUGUUUGUGACAAGAGGUAUCGUCAGGCGGUGACGGCAGCUGCUUCUGGCGCGAUCUCCGGGAUGAAAGCAAUGGAGUUCUUGGACAAGAAAUAA